AUGGGCGCCAAUUCAUUGCCAUCGGCGGAAUCCAACUUCGAUCUCGACGAGCAGAUCUCGCAACUCAUGCAAUGCAAGCCGCUCUCCGAGCAGCAGGUUAGGGUUUUAUGCGAGAAGGCUAAGGAGAUUUUGAUGGAUGAAAGUAAUGUUCAGCCUGUGAAAAGCCCCGUGACAAUUUGUGGUGAUAUUCAUGGGCAGUUUCAUGAUCUUGCAGAACUAUUUCGAAUUGGAGGGAAGUGUCCAGAUACUAAUUACUUGUUUAUGGGGGAUUACGUGGACCGGGGUUAUUAUUCAGUUGAAACUGUUACACUUCUUGUGUCACUGAAAGUGCGAUAUCCUCAGCGAAUUACUAUUCUUAGAGGAAACCAUGAAAGUCGUCAGAUCACUCAAGUGUAUGGUUUUUACGAUGAGUGCCUCAGAAAGUAUGGUAAUGCUCAUGUCUGGAAGAUCUUUACAGAUCUUUUUGAUUUCUUUCCAUUGACUGCAUUGGUUGAGUCUGAAAUAUUCUGUUUGCAUGGUGGGCUUUCACCUUCAAUUGAGACUCUUGAUAACAUAAGGAACUUUGAUCGCGUUCAAGAAGUUCCUCACGAAGGGCCGAUGUGUGAUCUGUUGUGGUCUGAUCCAGAUGAUAGGUGCGGCUGGGGAAUUUCUCCUCGUGGUGCAGGAUAUACUUUUGGCCAGGACAUAUCUGAGCAAUUUAAUCACUCAAACAAGCUUAAGUUAAUUGCUAGAGCUCAUCAGCUGGUUAUGGAUGGAUUUAACUGGGCUCAUGAACAGAAGGUGGUUACCAUUUUUAGUGCACCUAAUUACUGUUACCGAUGUGGGAACAUGGCUUCCAUUUUGGAGGUUGACGAUUCCAAGGGCCACACAUUUAUUCAGUUUGACCCUGCUCCCCGAAGAGGAGAACCCGAUGUUACCCGUAGAACGCCUGAUUACUUCCUAUGA